AUCCAAUACUAAAGAUCAUUAUAAAUUAAAAAACAACUGUUGAUGAAUGACAUACCGAAUAACAAUUACAAUGAAGAACAGCGCGAUAAAUAGUGAUUUAAAAAUACAACGUCACGUUUAGUUUGCCAGAUUUAAUAAUGGCCGCAGUGGAACUCUUGUAUGCAUCACGUGUGAAGUUAUGUUUUUUUGGGGGAAAACUCGACCAGAGUGGAAUUGGGUAGCUUGGAAUUAAUUGCUUUCAGUCAUCAUGUUCUGUGAGAAAGCCAUUGAGCUGAUCCGAGAGCUACAACGUGCUUCGGAUGGGCAGCUCCCUGCAUUCAACGAGGAUGGAAUCAGGCAGAUCCUUGAAGAGAUGAAGGCUUUAUAUGAACAGAACCAAGCUGAUGUCAAUGAAGCAAAAACUGAAGGUCGUAGUGAUUUAAUACCAACGAUUAAGUUUCGUCACUGUUGCCUCCUAAGAAACCGUCGCUGCAUUGUUGCAUAUCUAUAUGACCGUUUGCUUCGGAUACGCGCUCUCCGAUGGGAGUAUGGAAGUGUGCUUCCUAGUGCUUUGAGGUUCCACAUGUCUACAGAAGAGAUGGACUGGUUCAAUCAGUACAAAAGGUCUUUAGCCACAUACAUGAGGUCUUUGGGCGGUGAAGAAGGCUUGGAUAUUACUCAAGACAUGAAGCCUCCCAAAAGUUUAUACAUAGAGGUCCGUUGCUUAAGAGACUACGGUGAAUUUGAAAUUGAUGAUGGCACCACAAUUCUGUUAAAGAAAAACAGCCAGCAUUUUUUGCCGCGGUGGAAAUGUGAGCAACUGAUCCGACAAGGGGUUCUAGAGCACGUACUGUCUUAAUCUGUAUGUGCAUUGAGCCGUCGAAUUGAUCUGAUUUCUCUCCCUGUUCCGUGAAAAGGAUUUUGAUUGCCAGCACCAACUCUGUAUGCAAUGCUUCUAAUAACUGUAAAUAUUUCAACCCUUAAAAAUACACUUUCAAAAUAUUUUUAUCUGUUUAA